CCUGUGCUGAAAGGUGUGCUUCAUGGCGGUGGCAGUUUCUGCGGACCUGUAGAAGACCGCCAGCUACAUUUUGGAUUGUUGCAUUUUGUUUCAAGGGGGUCACCAACGCGGAAAGGGAGGCGAGGCUCUGAUGAUGGAGAAUGGACAGAGCUCCGCCUCAAAGCUCGGCCUGCCGCCUCUCACCCCUGAGCAGCAGGAGGCACUGCAGAAGGCGAAGAAGUAUGCCAUGGAGCAGAGCAUUAAGAGUGUGCUGGUCAAACAGACCCUGGCCCAUCAACAACAGCAGCUCACCAACUUACAGAUGGCAUCGUUGACAAUGGGCUUUGGAGAUCCCCUCUCACCUUUACAAUCGGUAGCGGCUCAGAGACAGCGAGCAUUAGCCAUCAUGUGCCGAGUGUACGUGGGCUCCAUUUACUACGAGCUGGGAGAGGACACUGUCCGGCAGGCCUUUGCCCCGUUCGGCCCCAUCAAGAGCAUCGACAUGUCCUGGGACUCUGUUACUAUGAAACACAAGGGUUUUGCGUUUGUGGAGUAUGAGGUGCCUGAGGCAGCCCAGCUAUCCCUUGAGCAGAUGAACUCUGUUAUGCUGGGAGGGAGAAACAUUAAGGUGGGACGACCGAGCAACAUCGGACAGGCCCAGCCGAUCAUUGACCAGCUGGCAGAAGAGGCGCGUGCCUUCAAUCGAAUCUACGUGGCAUCUGUGCACCCCGACCUCUCGGACGAGGACAUCAAGAGUGUGUUUGAGGCGUUCGGCCGGAUCAAGUCAUGCACUCUGGCGAGAGACCCCACCACGGGGAAACACAAGAGCUACGGCUUUAUUGAGUAUGACAAGGCUCAGUCCUCCCAGGAUGCAGUUUCCUCCAUGAAUCUCUUUGACCUAGGGGGUCAAUACUUGCGUGUGGGCAAAGCGGUCACCCCCCCCAUGCCCCUGCUCACUCCGACCACACCUGGCGGACUCCCCCCUGCUGCAGCUGUGGCGGCUGCAGCUGCCACAGCCAAAAUCACUGCUCAGGAGACGGUCGGGUCAUCGGUGCUGGGAGCGCUGGCUGGGCCCGCCCUCCUCUCUCAACAGUUGGGUGGCCUGCCCCAAGCCGUCAUGGCAGCUCAGGCCCCGGGGAUCAUCACAGGGGUAACCCCAGUGCGGCCCGCUUUGCCCGUGUUACCUCAGGUGGGCCUGGUCAACCCAGUGCUGGCCUCACCACCGGUGCUGGUCACCUCUCUAGUGGCAGCUCAGGAGGCCAAGAAGAAGGAAGUGGAGGAGGAGGAGGAGGCCUUGCAGGAUGGGACGGGCCAGGAGCCGCUGAGUGAGCAGGAGAACAUGAGCAUCUCCGGGAGCAGCGCCAGACACAUGGUCAUGCAGAAGUUGCUCCGCAAACAAGAGUCGACGGUGAUGGUGCUGCGGAACAUGGUAGGCCCAGAGGACAUCGACGAUGACCUGGAGGGUGAGGUGACUGAGGAGUGCGGCAAGUUUGGCGCGGUCAACCGUGUCAUCAUCUACCAGGAAAAGCAGGGCGAGGAGGAUGAUGCAGAGGUAAUUGUCAAGAUCUUUGUGGAGUUCUCCAUGGCGGCGGAGAUGAACAAGGCCAUCCAGGCACUCAAUAAUCGCUGGUUUGGAGGUCGCAAGGUCAUUGCCGAGGUAUAUGACCAGGAGCGCUUUGACAACAGCGACCUAUCUGCAUAAGACGUUCUGACCUUUCUGAAAGCUCUCUACUACUACCACCACAACCUCUGGUGUCUCUCUCUCCCUCACACACACAUACACACACUUACAUACACAAAGCUGCCACGCACCACUGUAGGCGAUGCUGGCCUCUUUUUAACCUGUAAUUUUUUUUUAUCAAUGUUGAUAUUAAUAUUAUUAAUACUCCUGUUUGGGGGGACAGACAAAGCAAGGAGACGCUCAUGGAUUUUUGUUUAAUUAUUAUUGUGGCCUACUGUGAAGGGCUGGGUAUUUGUUUUUGUAUUGUUUUCAGUUUCAUUCUCAUCCUUUCCCUGAUUUUAGUUUUAUUUCGGUUACACCUUUUUUGAUUAAGUCAAUUCUACAAAGGAUCUCUUGUUAUAUAGCUCUUGGUAUCAAUUGCCCAAAACAAUAAAUUCCUCAUGAAUAAAGUGGUUUGAUAUUUUGAUUAUUGAUAUUAAUCCAGAAAGAAACUACAGGGAGCAGGGGCCAAUUAGACCAGUUGGGUCCAAAAAAAAGUUGGUCUUAAAUGCUAGGUCGGGCGUAGCUGUGUCCGACUUUGUGAUCAGAAUCUAGACCUGUUGCACCAACCCAAAAUAAGACUAGUCGUAGCUAAGUCCAGCGUAAGCAAUUUGUGUUCAUGAGAUUUUAUACUUUGUAAUGAUGGUUGCUAGUCAGCGCCCAUUACUAAGCUGUUGCCAUCCUUGUGGUAGUUCUAAACUUUGAUGUCACUUUGUACAUCACUUCGCAAAGCUCACCACUAUGCAUGCACGUUUUCUUAACCAAAAUUUGAUGGAUCCAUAAAGAAUUACUGUGGGAAUAAAUAUCACUGAAUGACGAAAAUAUUGCAGUAAGAGGCUAAUGCAAUUGAAGGCAUGUAUCAAAUUGUUGCUUACUGAAAUGUACAGUCAUCCAUUCGUUAUAAUAAAUGUAGCUAAACCAAUA